AAAAAAAAAAGCGAGGAAGAAUCUGCUUCUCUCCAUUUUCGCUGUGACCGCCGCUUCCAUCGAGGGCUUGUAGAAGAAGCCGAAUCGCAAUCCGCCUGAUUUCUCAUUCCGUCUUCGGACCGAAGCUGAGAUGGCGAGAGUGUUCAGGAGAAUGGCUGCUUUCACAUUUGCUUCUGCUUCGAGUUUGGUUCAGACUCAUCAUCGCCUGGGGAGAGGUACUCUUAACGCUUUCUCAGAUCGUUCCUCUGUUCUAAGUUGUCGGAGGUUGGCUUCUUCUGGUGUUGAAGAGUACAGAGACAGACUCAGAUUGGGGUUUCAUGAUUGCAAUGUAGAUGAGGCUGUCGCUUUGUUCGACCACAUGGUUCGGUCUCGUCCCUUGCCUUCCAUUGUCGAUUUUAAUAAAUUACUGGCUGCAAUCGCCAAAAUGAAACAGUAUGAUGUUGUGAUUUCUCUCUGCAAGAGAAUGGAAUUGCUCCGGGUUUCACAUGACGACUGCACUUUGAGUAUUCUCAUCAACGCAUUCUGCCGCUCAGGUCAAGUGGUUUUGGGCCUUUCGGUUUUGGGGAAAAUCAUAAAAAAGGGUUACGAGCCUCAUGUUAUCACGCUCACUACCCUGAUCAAUGGAUUUUGUAUCCAAAAGAAGCUUUCUGUGGCGUUAAGUUGGGUUGACCAAAUGGUAAAAGAGGGAUAUAAACCUAAUGUCGUGACAUACACCACUUUGGUCAACGGACUUUGUCAAGAGGGGAGAGUUUCUGAAGCUGUGAGUUUAGUUGAUAAGAUGUUAAAGAUGGGGUAUCAACCCGAUGUAGUUACUUAUGGCACUGUUGUCAAUGGGAUUUGCAAGUCGGGUGAUUGUGCUUUGGCAUUGAAUCUGCUCAUGAAGAUGGAGGAGAGGAACAUUGAGGUAAAUGUCAGAAUUUACAGUAUGAUAAUUGAUGGUCUAUGCAAAGGUGGACAUAUAGAUGAUGCAUUGAGCCUUUUCGAUAAGAUGGAUAGCAAAGGGAUUGCUCCAAAUGUUGUCACCUACAGUUGUUUGAUAAACGGCCUUUGCGUUUUCGAUAGAUGGAACGAUGCUGUCCGAUUGUUGAAUGAUAUGGCCAAAAGAAAAAUCACCCCAGAUGUUGUCACUUUCAAUGGAUUGAUCGAUGCGUUCGUUAAAGAGGGAAAGUUUUUGGAGGCUAAAGAACUGUGCGAAGAGAUGAUUCGAAGAGGUUUAGUUCCAGAUACUAUUACUUACACUUCAUUGAUCGAUGGGUUGUGCAUGCAGAAUCGUCUUGACGAGGUGAAACAGUUGUUCGAUUUUAUAGUCAACAGAGGAUGCUAUCCGAAUACAGUGACUUUUAGUUGUCUUAUAAAUGGUUACUGCAAGUCUAAUAAGGUGGAUGAGGGUAUGAAACUCUUUCAUGAGAUGUCUCGAAGAGGGUUGGUCAGUAAUACAUGUAUUUACAACACUCUCAUACAAGGUUUUUUUCGAGUGGGCAAAGUCAAUGUCGCCCAUAAACUCUUUUUAGAGAUGCAGAGACAAGGUGUAGAUCCUGAUCUUGUAACUUGCACAGUAGUGCUUGAUGGUCUUUGUAAGAAUGGAAAACUGGACGAGGCGCUUGGAUUGUAUUGCCAGUUGGAAACGAGUGGGAUUGACCUCGAUAUCUUUGUCCAUAGUGUUAUGAUGCAUGGCUUGUGCAAGGGUGACAAGGUUGAUGAGGCACUCAGAUUGUUUAAUAAACUUUCUGAUAAAGGGAUUGAACCGAACGUAAACACGUACAAUACAAUGAUUACUGGAUUUUGUAGAAAAAGUUUGCUCAGUGAAGCCGACAAGCUGUUUAAGAAUAUGAAAAAGAUUGGUUGUAUGCCAAAUGAUUGUACGUAUAAUGUACUGAUCCGAGGUCAUCUCAAAGGUGGCCAUGUAGCAACUGUUAUCGAGCUUAUUCGGGAAAUGAGAAGCUGCGGUUUUUCAUCAGAUGUUUCAACCGUGGAAAUGGUUGUUGAUAUGUUAUCGGACGGGAGAUUGGAGAAAAGUUUUUUGGUUCUUCUUUCUCGAUAUUUUGACGAGUUGAAGAAGCCGAAUCGCAAUCUGCUGCCUGAUUUCUCAUCCCGUCUUCGGAUCGAAGCUGAGAUGGCGAGAAUGGUCCGGAGAAUGGGUGCUUUCACAUCGGCUUCUGCUUCGAGCUUGGUUCAGACUCAUCAUCGCAAGGGGAGAGGUACUCUGAACACUUUCUCAGAUUGUUCCUCUGUUUUAAGUUGUCGGAGAUUUGUCUCUUCUGGUGUUGGAGACUACAGAGACAGAUUGAGAUUUGGGUUUCAUGAUUGUAAUGUCGGUGAGGCUGUUGCUUUGUUCGAUCAGAUGGUUCGGUCUCACCCCUUACCCUCCAUCGUUGAUUUUAAUAAAUUACUAACUUCAAUCGCCAAAAUGAAACGGUAUGAUGUUGUGAUUUCUCUCUGCAAGAGAAUGGAAUUGCUCCGGGUUUCACAUGACGGCUGCACUUUGAGUAUUCUCAUCAACGCAUUAUGCCGCUCAGGUCAAGUGGUUUUGGGCCUUUCGGUUUUGGGAAAAAUCCUAAAACUGGGUUACGAGCCUCAUGUUAUCACGUUUACUACCCUGAUCAAUGGAUUUUGUAUCCAAGGGAGGUUUUCUGUGGCGUUAAGUUGGGUUGACCAAAUUACAAAAGAGGGAUAUAAACCUGAUGUCGUAACAUACACCACUUUGGUCAACGGACUUUGUCGAGAGGGGAGAGUUUCUGUAGCUGUGAGUUUAGUUGAUCGGAUGUUAAAGUUGGGGUGUCGACCCAAUGUAGUUACUUAUGGCGCUGUUGUCAAUGGGAUUUGCAAGUCGGGUGAUUGUGCUUUGGCAUUGAAUCUGCUCAUGAAGAUGGAGGAGAAGAACAUUGAGGUGGAUGUCAAAAUUUACAGUAUGAUAAUUGAUGGUCUUUGCAAAGGUGGACACAUAGAUGAUGCAUUGAGCCUUUUCGAAAAGAUGGAUAGCAAAGGGAUUGCUCCAAAUGUUGUCACCUACAGUUGUUUGAUAAACGGCCUUUGUGUUUUUGACAGAUGGAACGAUGUUGUCCGAUUGUUGAAUGAUAUGGCCAAAAGAAAAAUCACCCCAGAUGUUGUCACUUUCAAUGGAUUGAUCGAUGCGUUCGUUAAAGAAGGAAAGUUUUUGGAGGCUAAAGAAUUGUGCGAAGAGAUGACUCGAAGAGGUUUAGUUCCGACUACUCUUACAUAUAAUUCAUUGAUCGAUGGGUUGUGCAUGCAGAAUCGCCUUGACGAGGCG